AAACAAUAACAAAUUGGGAUCGAAAGGAGGGGAAUUUAGGGUUUGGCAAUCGACAUGGCUACAAAAUCAAGCGACGGUGAGAAAAAGGAGAUCGAUACGGAGCCAAUGGAAACUUCCACCGGCGCUGAGUCUUCAUUGCUAGGAAAGCGCAAGUUGGAGGAAACACACGACCAGGAGGAUUCCGGUGAAGAGGAGGAGGAAGAGGAAGAUAGUGAUUCGUGUUGGGAGAAGGAUAGUUUCGAUGGCCGGGAAUAUCAUCCCUCUGAUGACAGUGAGUACUCAGAUGAGAUUCUACAGGAAAAAGCACGUUAUUACAAUCGUACGGUCAUCGAAACCAAGGGUUUCUUUGAGUCAUCGAAUAAACUGCCAUUGUACAUGUGGGGUGGAAUUACUGUAGUCUCGCAUAGGGAUCUUGAGAAGAAAAUGUAUGGAGGUAUCACUGGUCGUGAGUUCAUCGGGAACAUGGCUUGUGAAUGUGUUGAAAAACACAAUCGAAGAAACAAUAAAAAUGUGAAAUUCGAGCGUGUAUUGAGGGCUAAUUUCGACCCAGGAGCCAAGACUAAGUACUACAUCACCUUUGCUGCAAGAGAAUCUGACUCUCCUGAUGCACCUCUCGUGGAGUAUCAGGCUAAGGUUGUUUGGUCUGCAGGCAUUACUUAUCCCAUCUUUUGCAGACCCGCUCCACCACAGGGUUAAAAAGAGUAACCGAAGCGAUGGAUGAGAGCAGUUGAAAGAGGUAACCAAGUUGAUGGAAGGGAAGGACGCAGUUGAAAAGAUAUUCAACAAUAUAAUUUGAAUUUCCGUUGCCACCGUCUGUAAAUAAAUUCUAUCAGAAAUUCGCA